AUGUUUAAAAAGACCAAAACACAUUUGAAGGUCUUGAAAUUACCAAGAAAAUUAAAAGAAAAACUUGAAACUAUAGAUUCAAGUAAAAUAAAAUCUAAAAAAGUAAAAAUACUUAAUAGAAAAAAAGAAUGGGAGAAAAAAAGCCUUAAAACAAAAAAUAUAAAAAAAAGGCAAGGAACAUUGAUUUGUUACCAAGAUGAACACUUAAAUGAUCAAGAUUUGCAAAAAAAAAAAAAUAAAAUAUACAAGAUAAAAUAUGAUAAAGAAGAAGAGAAAAUUGACCAAGAGGAUUCAAUUAUUCUUUAUUUAGAAGAAAAGUUAAAACAUAAAAAACGGUGUAAACAUGACAAAAAUAAAAAAGAUGAACUUGAUUAUCUUUUGGAUGAUUUGAAUCGUAUGGAGAAUUCGAAAAUCAAGGAUACUUGUUUUAUAAACGAAUCUUCUGAUUUUGACAACCUUGAUAUUUUUAAAAACAAAGUAGAUGCAAGUGUUAAUCAUUGUUCUUCUGAAAAUAAGGAAGAUAACACAUAUUUAUCUAAAAAGGAUAUAAACAUUUUUGCUAAAAAAAGUAAAGAAAAUCCAUAUGUUGUUCCUUCUGAAAACAAUAUACUUAUUACUCAAGACAAUAUUUUAAAAAAUAAUAAAAAGGAUGAUACAGAAUUAAUUUUCCAUUUAAGACGAAAAAUCAAAGGAUUGUUAAACAGAUUAAGCGAAUCAAAUAUGUUGUCUAUUUUAAAUGAGGUUGAAAAUUUAUAUAAUUUGAAUCCUCGCUAUUUUGUUAAUUUAGAAUUAAUAAUGUUAUUAUUGACAUAUAUAACAUCUCAAACAACGCUAAAAGACUCUUACUUAAUACUUUAUUCUGGGUUUGUCACAGCUUUAUAUAGAAUAAUUGGGAUAGAUUUUGGAGCAUUUUUUCUUCAAAAACUUUUUAAAACAUUUCGUGAAUUCUAUUCAAAAGAAAGUUCAAAAAAAGAGAUUAAUGACACUAUUGUUUCAUAUAAUAAAGAAUGUAUUAAUUUAAUUACCGUUUUAAGUGAAUUGUAUAAUUUUCAAGUUAUUUCAUGCACUUUAAUAUAUGAUUUAGUAAGAUUAUUUUUGAACGAGAUAACUGAUUUAAAUACGGAAUUGUUAUUAAAGAUUAUUUUAAAUUCUGGAAGCCAAUUACGCCAUGACGAUCCUUCAUCUUUAAAAGAUAUUGUUAUUAUAAUGCAUCAAAAAAUUUCAGAAACAGGUUUUAUAUUGAAUACAAGGACAAAAUUUAUGAUCGAAUCUAUUGAUAAUUUAAAAAAUAACAAAAUUAAGAGCAUACCCUACAAUAAUAGAAUACAAGAGGAUAUAUUUAGAAUGAAAAAAUUUUUAGGAACAUUAUCUAAUCGUAAUUCUACUAGAAAUACGGAGCCUUUGAGAAUUUCAUUGCAUGAUAUAGAAUCUAUAGACGAAAAUGAUAAAUGGUGGCAUAUAGGACUUCCUUUUAAAAAAGAAAGAAACUCAAAGCAUUUAACCUCAAAUGACCUACAUGAAGAAAAAAAAAAAGAACUUCUUGCAUUAGCACAAUCACAAAGAAUGAAUACAGAUAUCCGUAGAUCUAUUUUUAUUACAAUAAUGAGUGCAGAGGAUUUUGUAGAUGCGUUUGAAAAACUUUUAAAAUUAGGCUUAAAAAAAGUACAAAAACUAGAAAUACCAAGAAUACUACUUCAUUGUUGUGGAAAUGAACAGAGCUACAACCCUUAUUAUGCUUAUAUUGCUCUUAGGUUUUGUGUUAAAAUACAUUCUAUACGAACAGCUUUUAAAUUUUGUUUGUGGGAUUUAUUUCGAUCUAUGGGAGAAAAUGAUGUUCAAGUAAUUGGAAAUGUUAAUAAUGGAAAUUUAGAAAACAUUCCAUUGAGGCGUAUUGUAAACCUAGGAAAAUUAUAUGCUUUUUUGGUAGUUAAUGGAGGUCUUGAUUUGAUCAUUUUUAAAAAACUUAAUUUUUUUCAUCUUCAACCUAAAACAAAAACAUUUGUAGAAGUAUUUUUUUCUACAUUGAUUUUAGAAACACAAAAAGGGCAUAAUCCUCGAAAUGCGGCACCAAUUCAAGAAAUUUUUAGAAAACUUUCAUCAUACCCAUCUUUAGUUGAAGGAAUUAAAAUUUUUUUAAUGAAAUAUUUAAAAAAUACUGAAAUAUUUAAUUUAAAAGAAGAUAAGGAAACAUUUAUCUGGGGUUCUAAAAAAGCAUUAGAAAUCUUAGGUUUUUUAAAAGAUUUUUAG